GUUGGAAAGAUGGAUAGUUCUUGGUGUUGUCGCUUGCUGCCGGCGGUUGUAACACUUACUGGAGUUCUGAAUGAUCUUGGAUCAUGGAUGGUUACAGCUUACGAACCGGUGGUUCCACCACAGCAGACCCCCCGACCAAUGCCUUAUCAGUACACUGGUAUCAAUAGAGCAGGAACAGGCGUAGCCUUGGUUCUAGGCUGUUUAAUCGUCCCAGCUGGACUCAUUGGCUUUCUAGUCUUGGUCAUCCAUAAAUGUGUCACUGUCUGCAGAGAAAUGAGAAAAUCAAAGACCAAGGACGCACCAAUCUUCAAAGAUCCAGAUGAAAGAGUCAAGUGGCAGUCAGCGAUGUUGCUGUAUAUAGAUGACAAGUCUGAAAAAGCGGGAAAGAGUGACGAGGACAUCUGCUUUGAAGAGACAACUAUGUGAAGGGCGCCACCAAAUUACUUUAACUCUUGAGCCACAGAGGGCGCCGGAGGAGCAGCGGAUAGUAAUUAGGGCAAUUGACGAAACAUUAUUGUAAAGAAUGUAAGUU